AUGGUCCUUUGUGAAGUUAAAGUAUCUGAAACAGAUUGCCCAAUCGGAACAUAUGGAGAUAAGUGCUCUGAAAGCUGCGGACAUUGCAGAGGAGGCUCUAAACAGUGUGACUAUGUCAAUGGAACUUGCAAAAUGGGAUGUGAAACAGGAUAUGUGAGUCUGCCUUGCUUGCAAGAGAUAAAUAUACUUCAUUUGCAAAUGAGUUUGAUAUUCAGAAGAAGAAGUUACUACGGUGAAAACUGUGCCAAACGCUGCGGCAACUGUUUAGACGGGAGUCGAUGUGAUUUGCAUAAUGGAAGCUGUCCAGGAAAAUGUUCACCAGGGUAUCUUGGACUAUACUGUAAUCAAAGCUGCAACAACAGUUAUUACGGUGAAAACUGUGCCCAACUUUGCGGCAACUGUUUAGAGGGGGCUCGAUGUGAUUUACAGAAUGGAAAUUGUCCAUUUGGAUGUUCAGCAGGCCACAGUGGAGUGUUCUGUAAUCAAAGCUGCAACAGCAGUUACUACGGCGAAAACUGCGCACACCGUUGCGGAAACUGCAAAGAGGGGAGUCGAUGUGAUUUGAAGAGUGGGAACUGUCCAUGUGCGCAGACGGCUUUUACGGUUAUGGUUGCUCCUCCAAAUGCGGUCAGUGUCGGGACGCUGUUGUCUGUCAUAAAGUAUCAGGAGACUUUCGAGCAGGAAGAUGUGAGCGGGGAUACGAAGGAGUCAGAUGUGAUUCAACAUGUCCGGCUGGUAGAUAUGGUCAAGAAUGCCAGAACAACUGCAGUGGGUAUUGUUGGAACAAAGAACCCUGUCGAUUUACAACGGGUGUUUGCUUAA